AUGGGCGACGACGUGUCUCAGGGAAAUGCGAGCGAGACGGCGCAUGAGGACGAGCAAGAGGAAGCAGAAUACACGCCAGCCCCGGCCCGCUCAAGACGCCAUACCAAGUCCGCCAUGUCUGACACGCCGGCUACACCACAGACGGCCUCCCGGACCCGUCACGACCAUGUCGCCGACGGGUCAGUCAUGGAAGAAGCAACCUCGCCUACCAAACCCAAGCGCCGAUCCGCCAAAACUGCUCGUACUGUGCGCAAGAAUCGCAUAUCUACGUCCGUCGCCUCUGAGACCGAAGCAUCGAUACUACCCACUUCCCAGCAAUCCGCUUCGCCCACCUCGCAACGACUCAAGCAUGCGGCACCUCUCUCAGACAUCACCGAGACGGCCGUGAAUGAUCAGACCCCACGAGCCCAAAUCAGACCCCCAUCGAGCCAAGUACAAAAGGUUGACAUAAACACGACUACACUGGAGAAACCCAUGGACAUCGUUGUGCGUACCCGAGCUGCUGCCACCAUGCCUGCCUCACAAGCUCCCUCGGAGCCUCGUUCCCGGACCGUCAUUACCCACCUCGUCCUCAAGAACUUCAAGAGUUAUGCAGGCCGUCAGGAGGUGGGCCCUUUCCAUGCCUCGUUUUCCUCCGUUGUUGGGCCCAAUGGUUCUGGCAAGUCAAACGUCAUUGAUUCUUUGCUCUUUGUCUUUGGUUUCCGUGCCAGCAAAAUGCGCCAGGGCAAGAUUUCUGCUCUGAUCCACAACUCGGCUGCCUAUCCUGAUCUGGAUCAUUGUGAGGUCGAGGUUCAUUUCCAGCAGGUCAUGGAUUUGCCAGCUGGCGGCCACGAGGUUAUUGCCGACUCGCAGCUCAUCAUCUCGAGACGUGCUUUCAAGAACAAUGCGAGCAAAUACUACAUCAACAGCAGAGAGUCGAACUUUACCGCUGUUACCACCUUACUGCGCGAUCGUGGUGUCGACCUUGACCACAAGCGUUUUCUGAUUCUGCAGGGUGAGGUUGAGUCGAUUGCUCAGAUGAAACCAAAGGCUGCCAGUGAGCACGACGAUGGCCUUCUAGAAUAUCUUGAAGACAUCAUUGGCACAUCUAAAUACAAAACUCCCAUCGACGAGGCUGCCGCGGAAACGGAAGCUCUCAAUGAAGUUUGCGCCGAGAAGAACACCAGGGUACAACAUGUCGAGAAGGAAAAGAACGCUCUUGAGGACAAAAAAGACAAGGCGCUAGCUUUCAUCCGCGACGAAAAUGAGCUUGCCACAAAGCAAUCAGCCCUGUACCAAAUCUACACCAACGAGUGCACUGACAACGUCACCGUAACUCAGGAAGCUGUCCAACAACUCCAACAGCAGCUUGACGAAGAACUGGAAAAACACAAGGGCAAUCAAGAAGACAUCAAGAGGCUGCAGAAGCAGCACAACACAACAUCCAAGGAAUACGAGCGCAUGUCUGAGAGCACCCAAUCGAUCUUGAAAGAGAUGGCCAAGCUUGACAAAGACACCGUCAAGCAUGCAGAGAAAAAGAAAUUCCUCGCCAACAAGGCUAAGAAGCUUGCGAAAACUGCAGAGGAUAGCAGAUUUGGCAUCUCCGGAGCUAAUACCCAAGCCACGCAGGCCGAAGACGACAUCAAUAGGAAUGCACAAUCCAUAGCUGAGCUGGAAACAGAAAUGCAUCGAGAAGAGGCGCAGUUGACCCAGAUCAGAGAAAGCCUCAAAGGCAAGACUCAAGGCAUUUCGGAUGAGAUUGCAGCAAAGCAAAAGACUCUAGAGCCUUGGAAGGCGAAGGUCAACGAAAAACAAUCUUCCAUCUCCGUCGCGAAGAGUGAGCUGGAAAUUCUCAGAGAGCGAGGCAACGCCGGAGCAAAUGCUGUCCAGGACAUCGAAAACAAGAUCGCAUCAUUCUACGAAACACGCGAGGCCAAGGUUGUGGAGUACAAGGAAUGCAAACGAGAGCGAAAAGCGGUAGAGGGCUCUGUGCAGGAAGCGCAAGCUGAGGUCGAUCAUCUUGUAUCUCAGGAGCCCGCUUUGCGUUCGAAGCUUUCAGGGGCUAGACAAAAGGCCGACGAAGCACGCGCAAGCUUAGCUGCUACUCAAACACAAGGCAACGUUCUUACCGGACUCAUGCGUCUCAAGGAGUCUGGAAGAAUCGACGGGUUCCAUGGGCGUCUCGGUAACCUUGGUGCCAUCGAUGCAAGGUUUGAUGUUGCUAUAUCGACUGCAUGUCCUUCGCUUGACAACUUGGUGGUUGACUCUGUCGAGGUGGGUCAACAAUGUAUCGAGUACCUUCGCAAGAACGACCUCGGUCGUGCGAACUUCAUCCUUCUUGACCGCUUGCCGCAGCGAGACCUAUCAGUGAUCCAGACACCGGAGAACGUGCCUCGACUUUACGAUCUCGUCAAGUCAAAACAUGAUCGCUACAGACCGGCCUUUUAUAGUGUGCUCCAGAACACGCUUGUUGCCAAGGAUCUUGAACAAGCAAAUCGCAUUGCUUAUGGUGCCAAACGCUGGAGAGUUGUCACUCUCGACGGUCAAUUGAUCGACAAAUCAGGUACCAUGAGCGGUGGCGGUACCAGAGUCGCCAAGGGUGCCAUGUCUUCCAAGGUUGUGGCCGACGUGACUAAGGAUCAGGUCGUCAAAUUGGAGGUAGAUCGUGACACACUCGAGGAAACGUUUGGCCAGUUUCAGCAAAGAAUGCAGCAACUCGAGGCUCGUCUUAGGCAGCUGCAAGAUCGCGUACCAGAACUCGAAACUCAAGCUCAGAAGUUGAGACUGGAAGUUGAGAGCUUAGACCGUAACAUUGCCGAUGCUGAGAAAAGAGUGGAGGAAUUGAAGUCUGAAAGCCAACCUUCACAAUCGGACAACAAGCGUGUUGCCGAGCUCGAAAAGACCAUCAGAACUCUGGAAAAGGAGACCGAGAAAUCGCUGCAGGACAAGAUUAUGGAAGUCGGAGGUGUGCAACUCCGGACGCAAAAAGCCAAAGUCGACGGGCUCAAAGAACAGAUCGAUCACCGCAUGGAGGAGAUGUCUAACGCGGAGAUUAACAAGGCAAAGGCCGACAAACAAAAGUCGAAGCAUGAAAAGGCCUUCAAUGAAGCACAGUCCGAGCUCGAGAAAGUGACAGCGGACGCAGAGAAGGUCGAGGACGAUAUCAAAGAGCAGACUAAGAACACUGCAGGAUUUCGCAAGGAGGCUGAAGAGGCGCAAGAGGCAUUGGAGUCCAAGAAAGAAGAGCUCGAAGCACUCAAAACUGAACUCGAUACCCAGACGACCAUUCUCAACGAAACUCGAGGCAUUGAGAUUGAGAUGCGGAACAAGCUCGAAGAAAACCAGAAAAUUAUGGCAGAGAAUCAGAAGCGUCUUCGGUACUGGCAGGAGAAGCUGACUAAGCUCAUCUUCCAGAACAUUGGUGACGACGGUGAAGAGCUCGAGCCUCUGCCUAUGGCCCAGUACACCAAAGACGAACUCGAAGACAUGUCGAAGGAUGAACUCAAAGCAUCAAUAGCGCUGCUCGAGGAGUCAACAUCACAAGCAGUUGAGCUUUCCGUUCUGGCCGAGUAUCGCCGUCGCGUUUCAGAACAUUCGUCUCGCAUGUCAGAUCUCAACGAGGCUUUGACUGGUCGUGACUCGGCAAAGAAGCGAUUGGACGAUCUUAGGCGGAUGCGUCUCGAAGGUUUCAUGGAAGGAUUCUCUACCAUAUCCAUGCGACUUAAAGAGAUGUAUCAGAUGAUCACCAUGGGUGGCAAUGCAGAGCUCGAACUCGUAGACAGUCUGGACCCGUUCAGCGAAGGUAUCCUCUUUAGUGUGAUGCCGCCAAAGAAGAGUUGGAAGAACAUCAGCAACUUGUCAGGUGGAGAGAAGACACUCAGUUCUUUGGCUUUGGUGUUUGCUCUGCACCACUACAAGCCGACUCCACUGUAUGUCAUGGACGAGAUUGAUGCCGCCCUAGACUUCCGUAACGUUUCGAUUGUUGCAAGUUACAUCAAGGAAAGAACGAAGAACGCUCAGUUUAUCGUCAUCUCGUUGAGAAACAACAUGUUCGAAUUGGCUGCGAGAUUGGUCGGUGUUUACAAAGUCAACCACAUGACUAAGAGUGUAACUAUUGAAAACAAAGACUAUAUUCAAGCUGCAGCAGCAUGAUUGUUCUGCAAGAUCCCAGAAGAUGGUGGAUAACAGUAUAGGGCAGAUCGUAUAUUCACUGGUGAACAUUUGGCGUUUGGAGGAUUGGAAACAUUAUGAUACCAUGGCUUGUUGUAGCAGGAGCUAGAAAUCACGAAUUCUCCAUUUUGAC